AUGUCGGCCGUGCUCACUGUUGAUGCUAUUCUAUUUGGGAUGCUGGUCAUUUGCGGCAUCCUGGGGAACUUCUUGGUCAUCUUUGUGGUAGUCCAGGCUGCUACUGAGAGUCCAUCUCGGAGGCUACCACCCUCGGAUACUAUAUUGGUGCAUCUGUCACUGGCUAACCUCCUCACCUCACUUUUUCGCACGGUGCCCAUUUUUGUAUCAGACUUGGGCUUGGACGUGACUCUUUCUCCAGGUUGGUGUCGGGUCUUCAUGCUGCUGUGGGUGUGGUGGCGGGCUGUGGGCUGCUGGGUGACUUUGGCGCUCAGCAUCUUCCACUGCACCACCCUAAGGCGACAGCGCGUGACCUUCGGACCCAUGGCCCUGCAACAGGAGAGGCGACGCAUCUGGAUCAUACUGGGCGUGGUGUGGGGGGCCAACCUAGCUUUCGCGACCCCGGCGCUGGUCUACAGCACUCACGUCCAUGGCAACGCCACCGUGGAGCUGAUGGUAAUCAGUUGUACCACCAGGCCCCUGCUGGGCUGCAUAUGGGAGUUCCCUUCCAGCCAACAGGGGGCAGCAUUUGCCUCUGCUUCGUUGGCCUUAAAUGAAGUGUUGCCACUUGUGCUGAUGGUGUGCACCAACUUCGCCUCGCUGCACUCUCUGGCCAAGCACAUCAGGGCUGUGACUGCGGGGGGAGAACAGGGCGAGCUGGGCAAACAUGUGUCAGGCGAACGUAAGGCGGCCCACGUCAUCAUGCUGAUGGUGUCACUCUUUGUGGUGUGCUGGGUGCUGCAGGUUGCCGCGGUGACCUACUACAACCACGAUAGAGGCCACCAUGCCGAAGGCCUGCUGACUGUGGCCCAUUUCUCGGCCUCACUUUUUGUGGGCUUCUGUCCCAUGGUAGUGGCGCUGGGGCAUGGCAAGUUGAGGAGAAGAAUUGUGGGCAUGAUACUGGGCUGGUGGAAAGUUUUUAAACGGCACCGUGUGGACAGCGCAGCUGGGGUUCAAACCCCCCAGGCUAAAGGAAAAAGGGCAAAACAAACCAUUUUUGUUGUUCAAAAGGAAAAACAAUUGUGUAAGUAAGAGUUAAAGCAAUACAAUUACCA